CACACUUGUGGAUGAACUCGGCCGUGUUUACUCUCUUGCUCACACACACACACACACACACACUGCCAUGUGAAAAUAACCUCAUAGCAGAUGGCCCACAAAACCUGCUCAUUCUGGAGGAUUUUCCUUCAAUGGAUGUGGGUCAUAAGGAUACUAGAGCAAGCGGACACACAUGCAUUAAAGCACAUGCGUACACAUGAAGCGGAGAUAGUUGCCACAAGCUAACCUGCUGUUCCAAGUAGGCGCUCAUACCUGUGGUGCGUUAGCUUGGGGCGUGCAGCAUAAUAGUGGUGCGCCACUGAUGUUGUUACAAGUCUGACCUGCAGGUCAACAGCUGCCACCAGCUAAAAGCUAAAGUGUUGGAUUCCUUCUUGACCUCCAUUUCUGCUGCUGCCAUCUUUAAUCCGCAGUACAGCACUAAGGUCAACCUGAAAAAUUCCUGCGGGAGUAAAGGUAAGGUCAGCUGGUGCCCACUGCAACCUCUCCUCAGCUCUGACACAUCAGUCCUGUGUGUGUGUGUGUCUGUUCUCUUAGUCCCAUGCUGCAUAUAUCCGGGGGUAAAACUGCAGCGGAAAAAAACAUGUUCCCAUUAUUUCCUAAUCCGAGUGUGGCUGCUAGGUUAGACUGGAACAUGACGGUACUUAUAUUAGAUUGGUUUUCGACAGCCAGCAGCAGCACUGUGUUCUUUGUCUCCUUCUUGGAGUCCACAGUGCACAAGCACGUGAUACGUUUUGUUUUUUUGUUUUUUAAGUGAGCACAAUGUUGCAUAAAAAAUGCACUUUGUUCCUUUGUGUGGGUUUUGUGAAGGAGGGAUCUGAUAAAUAACAAUGUGGGAAUGGUAGAAAGUGCUGAUAAGAGAGCCCCCAUCAUGUAUGACAGAGAGUUAGAAAAGAGCAUAACUGACAUUAGACUCUGCCUUUGAUCAUUGUUUGACGUUGUACUGUGGUUGCCUGAGGCUAGCAACUACUGUAACUGAGCUGAGAUGCAUGGCGCAAUAAAAGUUGUACUCUAGUAUCGUUACCGUUGUCGUUAUUCGUUGAUACACUUGGACCGAACUGGCCGCACUGGACUGAUACAGAAUUCAAAUUGUUUAAUUUAUUUAAUGCUUUUCAUUUAACAUAAACAGUAAAACUUUGUAAACAGUAAACCUGAUAUUGCUUCUUGAAAUCUAGAAGAAACAUUGCAAAGACCAUUGUACUGCGUAGAAACAUACGUCUAUGUCUACCUUGAUGUUCAGGAGUCCAGGAUCUGCAGAGACAAAGGACAGGAGUUGACUUUUAAAGCAUGUACUUCAUCGGGAUUCCUACUGUGAUCACAAAUGUUUAAGUCAAGGGUUGAAUGUCACAUGUUUAUGUCUUGAAGUUGUAGUUCUGGAGGUCCAGAGGUUAAAAAACCCUUUGUAUUAGUAUUUAUAAGAACUUUGUAGUGGAUAGCACCACCAGAGAGGAGCAUGAAAAUAGGAUAAAAACAUAAAGAUGGAAGGACUGACGUAUAUCAAAGGAUUUCUGUAGCAUUCAGAUGGAUGUGCCUUACAUGAUUAUUCAGGUUGCUGCAUUUCCCAUUAAUGGUUCUUAUGAAUGCUUUAUCCUUUAACUUUUCACUGUCCACUUAAGAUAGACUUGGAAAUUUUUCAUAUAUGAAUAUAUGAAGCCCCUUGAGGCGACUUUUGUUGUGAAUUGGCGCUAUAUAAAUAAAAUUUAAUUGAAUUCAAUUGAAAUAUAUGUUUAUAUAUUUAGCUGUUUCAACUUAAUUGAGGAUCUCCAUACAGGAAUUUUUUCACUGUUGACCUUAACAUGUCCUAUAAUUUGUUUGUAACUGGCUUUGUAGAAAUUCAAUAUGUAAAAACAGAGGAUGACCCUGUAGAUCAUUAAGAAGACAACAGAAAGUCAUUUUAUCUUAAUGGAAACUUACCUGCAGCCUAAAUGAAGCUAAAUGAACCACAAUGGAAGUCGAAAAUUAAGGCUAAAUUAAUGGUAUUUCAGUCUGUGAAAUUCUAGUAUUUCACAGACUGAAAUACUAGAAUUACUCUUGAACUUCAGCAUUUCCCCAGUUAGCCAGUUGCACUGCUUGAUCUUCACUUUGCCAGUCACCGUGUCUUAGUUUAAUUUAAAUGACAUCGGUGGUGGAUGUUUGACCUUGCAGAAGUUUUAUUCAUAUAUGCACAGAGAACUUUUUUUACAUAUUCUUCUUUUUCUUGUAGCUUUACUUGCUAAUAUAAAAUGUCUCAAUAUUUCACUGUGUCCCCUACUUACAAGCCAAGUGUUUCACACCCAGUUUUUCACGGGUGGAAAAAGAAGUCGAGGAGGGGAGAUGUCAUUGUCUUUUUGCAAACUCACAGUUACAUUAAGAUCUGGUGUCAAAUCAGAACUACAGAAAUACUUUAUUAUGUAACUUUAUUAUAUUAAAAGCUGUUUUAAAUGUGUAAAGAUGAGUAAUGAGAACAGUAGGCUGAUAUGAGUUGAUGUUUCUAGCUUUUGUGUAAAAGCUUGUACCAAAUAGGUGAUGCUAGUUAUGGGAUGAGUGGAAAAUCAGAUUGCACUAGUAUUUUUUCAUCCUCUGUGGAGGUUGAGACAAUGUGUCAAAGGCCUAUCUGUGCUAAAUGCUAAAAAUUAUAUUCCAGGGCAGUUUCUGUGAAGUCACAGGAUGUUCUUGACCUACUAUUAGUACCGAAAAGAUGUCAAUGCCUGGACUUGUCCAGAACAUUUGACUUUGUGAUUUCUUCCUCGUUGGAGUUUCCAAUCCAGAGCCAGCCUUUCACAAAGGAGACACAUUGUAAUAAAAAGGCAAAAACAAAAAACAAAACAGAAGAGCAGCAGAAGAGUAGCUAUAAAUGGAGAGCAGGGUUUUAGGGGUAAAUUUCAUCAAUGGUUGAGUGGAAAAACACUUAACAAGGGCAUUCUUCCAGGAAACUGGAGUCAGCUGAGCAAGUGUAUUCAUUAUGCAAGGUUCAGUCAGAUUUACUCUGAUAGCUCCUUUAUUUUGUGUACCCCAGUUUCCUGUGACGCUUCGGCAUGUUUCGAUGGAGCGUACAGCCUGGGCUUGUCGGAGAGCGGAGUCACAGUUUGGCAUGUCUCUUUUUUUUUCAUUUUCUGUUUAGAACCUCUACUGUAGAUGUGAGGCGGUGGUUGAAAUGUGAGAAAGAGCGAUGCAGCGAGCGUCAGAAGAAGCUGUGCAGAACUUCAACUGUAGCACAUCAAGAGCAUCCUCGUGGUGGGAGCAUGGAGCUCGCGAGUGUGUCUGUGCUUCAGCGUUCUUGCUGAGUGGGUGUGAUUGUAGGCUGGUGAGAAACAGCAAAUGAGUCACCAAUUCCAAUCGUGUUUUCAAGCUUCUGCUCCGUCUCUCAGAGAGUUUCUGCACUGUACAGAGAAGCGAGCUACAACAGCAUGUUAUCGUGACGUCGUCCCCGUCCCAGACAUUGAUAUGCAUUUCAGCAAUCACUUGCAGCCAUGGAACAAAUGUACACUUGUGCCUUGAGCCUUUAAAUCUCAAGAGCUAACUGUUAAACCGCUCCUCCUCCCAGCUUGUUACCUCCACGAUAAUGGCCAUGCCAGUGUGGGCUGGGCAGCUAUUCACUGAAAUGUUGGUGUUGCCCUCAGUCUGCGGUUCCAUUGUGGUUUCCAGUUUUUCUGAUGGUAAGGAGAUGCAGUUGGGGGUGGAAGUGGUGGCGCUAAUGAACAGCAUUAAGCUCCACUCUAUUAUAUUGACACAUCUGGUGGCAUUUUUCAUCCGCUUGCUUUCCGUCCUCAGCCUAAUUAAGUGAUCUGGGCUGCAAACUAAAGCAUACCCACUGUAGAACACACAGGAAGCACUCUACACUAGCUCUCUGAGCUUGUUAACCAGCCUUGAAGUGACUUUGUGAAACCUCAGUAUAAUACGUCAGUAGCAGAUUCAGCCUCAGACUUCUUUUGCCCACUCGAUGGCUGUCAAUUAUCCAACUUUACAGAAAGAACUUUCCUCAGGUGCUGUGUCUGAGGAGAUGUCAGUGAAUUAGCAGCAGCAGCAGUAGUGUUCGACCACACUAAGGCGUCAGCUAAGUGCGCCGGACCCUUGGAUCAUCAGUCAGUACCAGUCAGAUUAUAGAUAAUGGGCUGUGUGCAAUGCAAGGAUAAGGAGGCAACCAAACUCACAGAUGACCGAGACAACAGCAUCUCCCAGGGAGCGGGCUACCGCUAUGGGGCCGACCCCACGCCACAGCACUACCCCAACUUCGGGGUCACCGCCAUCCCCAACUACAACAACUUCCAUGCUCCUGUAGGACAGGGGAUGACCGUCUUCGGGGGAGUCAGCACUUCCUCACACACGGGAACGCUGAGGACCCGGGGUGGAACAGGAGUCACCCUCUUUGUGGCACUUUAUGACUACGAGGCACGGACAGAAGAUGACCUCAGCUUCAAGAAGGGAGAGAGGUUCCAGAUUAUCAACAGCACUGAAGGGGACUGGUGGGAUGCUCGCUCCCUCACUACCGGUGGCAGCGGCUACAUUCCCAGUAAUUAUGUGGCUCCAGUGGACUCUAUCCAGGCUGAAGACUGGUACUUUGGUAAACUGGGCCGUAAGGAUGCAGAGAGGCAGCUACUGUCUACUGGCAACCCUCGAGGCACCUAUCUCAUCCGAGAAAGUGAAACCACAAAGGGUGCCUUUUCCUUAUCCAUACGGGACUGGGAUGAUCUCAAGGGCGACCACGUCAAGCAUUAUAAGAUCCGCAAGCUAGACAGCGGCGGCUACUACAUCACUACCAGGGCUCAGUUUGAAACACUGCAGCAGCUGGUUCAGCACUAUUCAGAUCGAGCCGCGGGGCUCUGCUGUCGCUUGGUGGUUCCCUGCCACAAAGGCAUGCCCCGCCUCGCUGACCUGUCCGUCAAAACCAAAGACGUGUGGGAGAUCCCACGGGAGUCGCUGCAGCUGAUCAAGCGUCUCGGGAAUGGGCAGUUUGGGGAGGUUUGGAUGGGAACGUGGAAUGGCACCACUAAGGUGGCAGUGAAGACUCUGAAGCCUGGCACGAUGUCCCCAGAGUCCUUCCUGGAGGAGGCUCAGAUCAUGAAGAAACUCCGUCAUGAUAAGCUGGUGCAGCUUUACGCUGUCGUGUCUGAGGAGCCCAUUUACAUCGUCACAGAGUACAUGGGCAAAGGAAGCUUACUGGACUUUUUAAAGGAUGGAGAAGGACGAGGGUUAAAACUGCCUAACCUGGUGGACAUGGCUGCACAGGUGGCAGCAGGUAUGGCCUACAUUGAGAGGAUGAACUACAUCCACAGAGACCUACGCUCUGCUAACAUCCUGGUUGGCGACAACCUGGUGUGCAAGAUCGCCGACUUUGGCCUGGCAAGGCUCAUCGAAGACAACGAAUACACGGCUCGACAAGGUGCAAAGUUUCCCAUCAAGUGGACCGCCCCAGAGGCCGCGUUGUACGGGAAGUUUACCAUCAAGUCAGACGUGUGGUCGUUCGGCAUCCUGCUGACGGAGCUGGUCACCAAGGGUCGGGUGCCUUACCCAGGUAUGAACAACCGAGAGGUGCUGGAGCAGGUGGAGCGGGGCUACAGGAUGCCGUGCCCACAGGACUGCCCCAUUUCGCUGCACGAGCUGAUGCUACAGUGCUGGAAGAAGGACGCAGAGGAGCGGCCCACCUUUGAGUACUUGCAAGCCUUCUUGGAAGACUACUUCACAGCCACCGAGCCUCAGUACCAGCCCGGGGACAACCUCUAACCCACCGCUACCACCCCCCACACCCUGUUCUUGCUUUCUCUCUCUGUCUCUCUCUCUCUCGGGGUCAGCUCGAGGCCUGGACACGAUUAGCUACAGCAGUGCUAUAUAAAAAACAAAAACAAAAAAACUAUGGAUCCUUUUCAGCCUGGCCUUUUUAUGUUAGGGAUGUGUACAGCUUCCUCAGCUCAACUUGGGUUCCAAUACAAACCCCCUGACGACACCGCCCUCAGUCUCCGACACGCCCCCCUAGUGUCUGAACUCUGUAAAUGCCAUAGUUAGCAAGGCUGAUGGAACUGGGGUUAACUGGGGGUUGUGCUAAUGCAGUUCCUUGUAUUCAAUGUAAAUAAGAAAAGCUUGUUUUAGUUUGUCUGCUUCCGUUUCAGAUUUUAUUUUCUUCUGCACAAAAGUAAUAAUAAUGAUAAAAGGAAGUCAAGUACCUGAGGAGGCACAGUUAAUCUGUAUGUGUAUUAUACUGUAGCUUCUCUAUUAUUUUCUAGAGAUUGAAUUGGAAGGCUCUAUAUUUUUUUCUCAUUUCCUAUAAAAGAGAAUUCAUCGCUUUAUUCUCUACUUUUCAGUUACACGUGUUAUUGCAUAAAGUUUCUCCUGGUGAGCAUGACACAGUCCACCUUUUUUUUGCCUUCCCGUCACAAAAGCUUCUAGUUAGGCUGCUGCUGCUGCAGGUUCUUUUACAAACCAUCUGCCACAUUUUUGUAAAUCACAGCAACGUACAAGGAUUUUGACAUAUCCCUCAUUGCUAUUUGGGUGGAAAUGUUUCUGUCUUUAUACCACUGGUGUGUUAUUUUGUAGCUGGGAGACAAGAAAGAUUUUCAUUUAAGAGUAUAAAUGUCUUUGAUUGAGAAUCUUCAUUUGGAAACAGAUCGUGGGGUUUUUCCUCCUGCACGUCCUCCACCCGAGCCUGCAGGAUCAACAGGCUGCACCUGAACCAGGACCAUCUUACCUCCUGAGCUGCUUCUUCUUUUAUGUUUAAGUGACACGAUUAUAUUGAGUCUUUGAUUUUAUUUAACCCUUUUAGGUGAUCCUUCGAGAGACAUUUGGAGUAUAUGAUCAGGGGAGCUCUGGACCAGUUCAUGUGACAGGAGUCUGAAUGUGAAACGCAUUGAAAAUAAAUGGAAACCAGCUCUGGUCUGGUCUUAAUGCAGAUGGUAUCACAGCCUUUGGUAAAUCCUCAUUUUUCAGUUGUACAGCUAAAUGGGUUUUAAGUGUCGCUAACUUCUCUCCUUUGUAUCUUUCAUUUCCAUUUUUUAUUAACAUGACUCGUUUUGUUAAUUCAGUGAUUUGGCAUUUGGAACUCAGAAAAGACCAAUAAACAUUUUACACUCUU